AUGAUGAAUUCCCGGUUUGUGCUGAAAAUCUUGAAAUUGGUCUUUCUGUUGAGCACUGCUGGAUUUUUCGUUGCGCAGUUCCAUAUUUUCAACGACUAUUAUCAUCAUCGUGCCGAAAACAGUGAGAACGAUCAUAAUUCGAGGUUAUUGGCAGCUAACGCUUCUUUUGUCAAAGACUCCUCUUUUGGUGUGGGAAAAGAAGUUCAGGAUCCCGGUUCUUCUCUAGAAGAAAAAAUUACCGGUGUUUAUUUUGGCGAUAGAAAAUGGUGGGCGCCAAGCGCUGAUGAUGUCAGACGUUCGAUAGAAGACAACAAUCUGAAUGCGCCGAUUUUGAACGAGGACCAGUAUGGCCCGAUAGAGAACGUUCACUCUAUUCUUGUCGUGCAAGUGCAUGAUCGAGCGUAUUACUUUUCAAAACUAAUCGAGUCGUUGUCAAAGGUACCUCGGAUUGGUCGAGAAGCGUUGAUGAUCGUCAGCUAUGAUUAUUACUCUAAGCAGAUGUACGAUAUGGUGAAGAACAUCACGGCCUUUCGCGUGAUGCAGAUUUUUUACCCUUAUAGCAUGCAGCUGUAUUCAAAUCGUUUUCCUGGCACGGACAGCCGCGACUGCAACAGCGACAUGACCAAACAGCAGGCAGAAAAGGCGAAAUGCCUUAACUGGAAGACCCCUGACAAGUACGGUCAUUAUCGAAGGGCUGAGCUUUCGCAGAUCAAGCAUCAUUGGUGGUGGAAGAUCAACUAUGUUUUUGAUGGCAUCGAACGUUUGCGAAAUUUCGAUGGAUGGAUCAUCUUUUUGGAAGAAGAUCAUUACGUUAGUCCAGACAUUCUUCACACUUUUGACUACAUAGUUACUAAUAAGGAACGGCUGUGCAGUGAAUGCUCUGUGAUCACACUUGGAAGUUACUUCCAACCGAAGAAAGCUGAUUAUGACAAAGUAUCGGCGCAGGUGUGGUUCUCGAGUCAACACAAUAUGGGCAUGGCAAUCAACAGGACGACCUGGAAUGAAGUUAAGAAAUUUGCCAAGAAUUUUUGUUCAUACGAUGAUUACAACUGGGAUUGGUCUCUGCUGCAUGUCAGCACGAAAUUGCUGAAAAAUCCGCUGCGUUGCCUUGUCGUUCUUGGACCGCGGGUGUUCCACAUUGGAGACUGUGGCACACAUCACAAACAUUGCACCGCCGACACCAGCGUUCGCAGGGUAGUGUCGCAGCUAAACGACGUCAGGCAGCAACUCUUUCCACAGAAGAUAGUACUAAGUUCUCGUGCUGGUCUGCGGCGUUCACCGAAACCUCCAAAAGAGAACGGCGGUUGGGGAGACGUCCGCGAUCACAAACUCUGCAUGAAUCAUGUCAUAAAUGUGAACUCUUUAUGA